CCAUCCGAGCCGCAGGUCGGUCUCAUUCCGCACAAUCUCAUGUACCCGCCCCGCCGCUGCUCAAAGAUCCAACCGUACAUCGGAGACCAAACGUGUGACUCCGUGCCGCAGGUCCCACCGGCCCGGGCGCCCAGAGAAGAACCUUCCUCUCUGCCCGUCGGCCACCGGUAUCCGCGCCCGUGCUCAACCCACAGCACCCCGGUGCGGCAUCGCGGCACGGAUCCCACCGAGCGCACGCAAAUCCACAAGUCAGAGCACCUGCUUCGCUCGCAGUCGCCUUCCCUUCCCCCACGCUCCCGCCUCGCUGCUCCCCACCCCCACCCCACCCCUGGGUCUCAUCUGACCGCUUCCUCUAAAACAACCCGCGGUGCACGCUCCGGUCCAAAUCCCAUCGCCGUAAAUCUCAGGGCCACCCCCCCCCCCACCUCGCCCGCGCGCCUCCUGUCUCCCCCGACUCCGGCACCGGCGCCGCACCAGAGCAGAGCAGGGGCAGCAUGGCCGACCCCGAGCAGCGCGUCGUCGCCGUCAUCAUGGUCGGCGGACCCACCAAAGGGACGCGGUUCCGGCCGCUGUCGCUGAACGUGCCCAAGCCGCUCUUCCCGCUCGCCGGCCAGCCCAUGGUGCACCACCCUAUCUCCGCCUGCCGACGGAUCCCCAACCUGGUGCAGAUAUACCUCAUCGGGUUCUACGAGGAGAGGGAGUUCGCGCUCUAUGUCUCGUCUAUCUCCAACGAGCUCAGAAUCCCCGUCAGGUACCUAAGAGAGGAUAAGCCGCACGGGUCAGCUGGAGGUCUCUACAGCUUCAGGGAUUACAUCAUGGAAGACAGUCCGUCGCACAUAGUUCUGCUGAACUGCGACAUCUGUUCUAGCUUCCCCCUGCCAGACAUGCUCGAGGCCCAUAAAAAGUAUGGAGGGAUGGGUACUUUAUUAGUCAAUAAGGUGUCUGCAGAGUCAGCAAACCAAUUUGGCGAGUUGGUGGCUGAUCCUGAAACGAAUGAACUGUUACACUACACAGAAAAGCCAGAGACUUUUGUGAGUGAUCUCAUAAAUUGUGGAGUAUAUAUAUUUACUCCCAAUAUCUUUAGUGCCAUUGAGGAUGUCUUAAAACAGAAGAAAGACAGAGCAAAUUUGCGCCGUGUAUCGAGCUUUGAAGCUCUUCAUUCAGCAACCAAGGCACUUCCAGCAGACUAUGUUAGGUUAGAUCAAGAUAUUUUAUCCCCUCUAGCGGGAAAGAAGGAGCUUUACACGUACCAGACACUUGAUUUUUGGGAACAGAUCAAGACCCCAGGGAUGUCUUUGAGAUGCUCUGGGCUAUAUCUUUCUCAGUUCCGCCGUGCAUCUCCUCAUCUUUUAGCUUCAGGAGAUGACAAAAGGACUGCCACUAUUGUAGGGGAUGUGUACAUCCAUCCAUCUGCGAAGGUGCAUCCAACUUCAAAGAUCGGUCCUAAUGUCUCGAUAUCAGCUAAUGCACGCAUUGGAGCUGGUGCCAGGCUUAUCCAUUGCAUAAUUCUGGACGAUGUUGAAAUUAUGGAGAAUGCAGUUGUUAUACAUUCGAUUGUAGGGUGGAAGUCAUCCAUCGGGAAAUGGUCACGUGUACAGGGUGAAGGUGACUACAAUGCCAAACUUGGAAUUACUAUUCUUGGUGAAGCUGUUGAUGUUGAAGAUGAAGUAGUUGUAGUUAACAGCAUCGUGCUCCCAAAUAAAACUCUGAACGUCAGUGUGCAAGAGGAGAUCAUCCUAUAACAGUCCUCAUUUUUUACUCCCAAAUAAGGUCUGAAUACCAAUCAUGUAGUUUCCAUUUAUUCAUUCCAACCAUGUAAGCUUCCAUUGGAUUGAGAUUAUUAGUCUAAUCUGUGUUUAUACCCAUCGUGAGGUGUGAUAUGGUGCAAUCUACUUGACUUGUUACAGUCAUUUUGGUACCAAGUGUGGUGAUGUAGAAAAUGUACAAACAGGUGACACCAUUUUUUUUAGAAUGAACACUUUACUAUCAAACAUCAGUUUACCUGCGUGUUGUA